UGAUCGGGCUGUAUAUUGUCAACCGACCUGGCAUACUCGUUCUGGAUGGCACAGCUGCUUUGGCGUACCCGAUGAAGACAGUCACUGACAUACCUCAUUGCAGACAAUAGACGCGACCGGUUGAGAUGGGCUCAUUGGUGAUCAGCCAAGUGGCGCCGGCACUCGGUCAGCAUCCCUAUCACCACAUGAUGGUCGACAGCAACUCUCAUCCAGACGAGGCCUCGACUGGUUCGUCGCGAGCGAGAAGCGCAUCUGCUUCUACGGCAAUACGCCAGCGAGACGAAAGCGCCGCAUCAGCCGGCUCAACCACUCCUACUAUCCACCAACCCGCGGAAGAUACAUCUACCCCAGUAUCGCAUCCUACAGAACAUGAGCCAAGAAGUGCUCGGUCCUCCGCAUCCCCUCAGCCCUCAUAUCAUCCACAAGAUGUCAACCAACACAGCCGCGGCUUCGAUCAGUCAGGCUUUCCUCUAUCGAGCGACCCCAGAGUCGUGACAGCCUCACCACCCUCGCCACGAUUACAGCCCACAUACCGAUCGACGAGAUCUCUAGGCGGCUCCGAAGCCACGUCCCCUAGCCGCAUCAAAGUCAGGGACCUAUCACACAUACGCAGUUUUGCGAGUGAGGAAUAUCUGGCGCGGCCUACGCUUGGACGCUCGUCCAGCACAUUUUCGGAUUCGGGAAGACAAUAUGAGAUCAGUGCAAUGCCAGUAACGGACAUCAUCGAAAUGGUCGCAGGGCUGCUCACGAGAAUUACCACCACAAACGACAGGCAACACGAGCAUCAUCGACCGAUUCCGCUGACGGAAGAACAAAGCCACCUAAAUCCCCAUGCAUCUUGCGUUUUGGCAUUUCACGGGAAGAAUGUUCCAGGAAUAACUAUCCUGAGUUAUCUGAGCCGGAUACAUAAGUACUGUCCGACCACAUACGAAGUCUUCCUGAGUCUUCUGGUCUAUUUCGACCGCAUGACAGAGAUGGUCAACCGAGGCCUUCUGGGACAUGGUAACAGACGACCUAAUGAUUCGCCUGCGACCGCUCCAGAAUCAUCGACACCGGCAGGCCGUUCGCCCAUGCCCAUGAACGUCGAUAGUCCUCAAGAACAUCACGAUAUCAGUGCCCCAACCUCAGCGACCUCCACUGGCCCAUCAAAUCCAUCCUUAUCACAACAACCUGGUACACCAGGCGACUUGUCCCAAUUCUUCGUGGUGGACAGCUACAAUAUCCACCGCCUAGUGAUUGCUGGAGUCACAUGUGCCAGUAAAUUCUUCUCAGACGUCUUUUACACGAAUUCGAGAUACGCUAAGGUCGGAGGUCUGCCGCUGGCUGAACUUAACAAUCUCGAACUUCAAUUCUUGCUUCUCAAUGACUUUAGACUAUCGGUACCAGUGGAAGAACUGGAAGCGUAUGGCACCAUGCUAGUUGAGUUUUACGCAAGAGAACUCGUCGCGCAGCAGCAGGCUGCUCAAGCUGCACAAGGUGCGGCACCGUCACCAGCGCAUUCAGCAGACGGCAUGUACAUGCGGCCACAGGCUGGAUCACGAUCUUAGCCGCACCUAUCUGCACCACCGAAAGCACAAGUCAUGGUUGUGCGAAAUUCAUAAUGUUUCGAGUCCAUAACAACAACGGUGCUUCAUGUAUCAGCGAGCUUGGAUCUUUUUUACG